AAAAGUCUCUUCCAUUCAAUCAAUCAAGUGCAAGAUCUUAGGGAAAACCUUGGAAGCACGAUCUGGGCUCGCAACCCCCCCAGGAAUCCCCGGGACCCCAUCCCACCAGGGUGAGAGCCGACUGGCCCCCCGGGAGCGUAAGGCACUGACCGAGGCCGGUGGCGUCGCCUCGCAAGUCUGCGCCGAUGUUGGUCGAGAUUCUCCCAUCGGGAUCUCUCCUCAAAACUCCGGAAAUUCCCACAGUUCCUCCCACUGCCCUCAACUGUGUCUGCGAAUGCGUACUUAGCUGUCCAUGACCAUGUAAUUAAGUGCGGAUCUGCAUUUGCAGGACACGAUAUUUUGACAGAUGAAGGGCGAACGCGUGACGAUUCUGAACGGUCAGGAAGCGCGGGAUCAGAGGCACUCGAGGGGCACGCUGCGUCCGAGGGGGUUCUGGCGCACUGACGACUCGUCUCCUUGUUGGAGGGCCAUGAGUGCCGACGCCAAAGAGAAAAGGUGGACAUACUGGUGAAAUCCGGAAAAUAUCCCGGCAAAGAGUGCCGUGCCAUCUCCCUUUACGAGAAAGAACAGCAAGCAGGAGUCAGAGAAUAAUCCAGAAAGGAAAUUCGGGGGGGAAACUGAAGCAAGACAUACCUGGCGUACUGUAGAUCCAGGUAUGACACCUACUGGCAUGGUUCUGUGGUGUGCCCUGACUGGAGAUGAUAGUUUCACAGGCGGGCAGAAAGAAGCGGUCUGGCAGUGUCUCAAGAAAUGGAGUUGUCACGCUUGCCAUGUCAUGUUUCUAACGGUUCCUCACUUCUCCGUGGAGGAACACGUAGCGAGGAACAUCGGACCCGACUCGACGAAGUCACGAUGCGCCCUCCGAAAGGAACUGUCUCGCGGCCUUUACUGCCACGGGUAGCGAUUCCGGAUCCUGAACUCUCGAGCGGAAGUGGGAGACACGAAGCUGAAUAGACCCUAGAAACCGAUAGAAAGAGAGAGGUUGCUGCAUGUGAGAGAAGGAAAGCUGUACUUUCCUCUUAAGUAUCGACCACGUGACCGGAGAGGCCCGAGAACAAACUCGGGCAACGACAGAGGCGCCACAAACGCGUAGACACAACGCAUGUGGUCUGUAGAGCUUGGCAGCGAACUCAGAAUCAUCAUAGGGGACAGCUAAUUGAAAGACAAUAGAGCAAAUAGUGGAAUAAGAAUGAGAUCCGACAUUUUUUCAAAUUUUUCGCAGACGCUUAAAAACAUUUUGUUUGGUUUGCUCGCGAGGGUCAAAGUUGCAAUAGUAUUGAACGCAGGCACGCACCGACAAUUACAAGGGGGGAACAAGACGCUGGACGGGCACGGCUUUCCGUCGACUUUUAUUGGCAGACUCCUCGACUCGCCUAGUUUCUUCUUUUCUCUUUUUCAGUGUUGCGUUCCUCGUCAUUCUGAUGGCGUCGUCCAGGCGUCCAUUCCGUUUUUUCUGUUGCAGGUGCCAGUCCUCCGUUCCUGUCGCUAUUUGUGUCUCGUCCCGUGCCCAAGCUUUCCACCGCUUUUCGUCUCCCUUUCACGAGGAACGAGGUUCCUUUGGUUUUCUUUCUUCGUUCCCACUUUCCCUUGGAAGGGACGGCAGCUGGCGCACUCAUUUCAACUUGCCUUUGUUGUCGCUUUCAGGACGAAGCGCCGCGAUGUGACAGUGUCGUCUGCAAUUCGCAGAGCUGCAGACCGGUGUCUGCAUCGACACAAGCGCGCCUCUCCGUUUCUCUUCAUUUCUUCCGCCGCUCUCGACUCUAGAUAUGCAUCUGUUGCAUUUCCUACCUGGGGAAGAGGGCGAGGAGUUCCUUCGUCUCUCCACACAACGUGUACGUGUUUCCGACGCCACACCCGGAGAUCCAGCGACACGCUUACCGUGGAGAUUCAUGGUUAACGGAGUGGCAUUUUCGAAUUUUUGAAGCUCUUUUGAACCCGAAACUGGCAUUAAGCACCCGUCUGUGAACAUACAAGGUUUUCUACGGAUUCUCAAAAGAGAUCCGACGCAUCGGGACCUGGUACCUGUCUCCUGUCAGAAACACGAAUCUUCGCUAGAGAUCCACCAUCGUCCGCCGCAAGAUUUUCUGCGCGUGUUUCUCGUCCUAUCUUCACUCCGCGUCUCCCUCGCAGAAAUAUUGAACAGUGGUGCAGAGGAUAUGUCGUGUCAGAGCCGCCACCGUAUGCGGUGUAUGGAACGUAAAGACUGUCGACUGCUGCACCCACAGCGGCUUCCAGGUGUACCUACACCUGAGCCGCCACGUCCCUUCAUACGGGAAGGAAACUGGAAGAGAACGCGUAGAUCUUUUCCGCCUCGGGAGGUCUACUUGAAGCCAAAAGGGCGAACAAAAGAGCUGCGCGGUGUGUUUGGAGAAGUUGUAAGGCGAGCAGGGGAGACUUGGCUUCUCUGCAGGCAGAGGAAGCGGGAUAAACUCCGCAGGUCUUUGCACGCCACGGGCAGCGAGUGAGCGAACUAGAGACGCGAGUCUUCACAACGCAACGAAGGGGGACCUACCACGUUGACAGCAUUUCCAGCAACUCCUUUCUGUCUCUUUCGCGGCACUGUUGGAGGCCCGGUUACGACGUUCUGUCGCCUUUUCGUCUUCAGCCUGCCUUUUCUGCCUCUUCGUGGAGGGCGAGCGAGCUCCACAGAGGAUACCCCGCUGCGGAGAGAAGGGAUGGAAGCCGCAGGGGAGUCCUUCAGUCGCGACAAGAAUGUGCGGCGUUUGGGAGUUGAAGGCGAGCCUCUGAGGCCAGCAAAGGUUUUUGAGGCAGAAGGUUUCAACGCCGCCAAUCGUCUUCCCCAGAGAUCUGUCCCCUCUGGCCUUGAAGUCUUGGAGCUCGAAACAGAGGCAAGGCAGGAUGCGGAGGCAGCCGACCCCGACAGCGAUGUGGAAGUCGUUGCCGUCGUCAAGAGACGCAGGCUAGGAGCAGACUCUCCGGUCGAGAGUGUGCGAGCGCUUUUCAAAGGAGACACGUCCCGAAAUCCACGAGCAUCAGGCAGUCUUUCUUCAAGUUCCGCACGGGCGAUGGCUGUCGACGGAAGCGAAGUCUUUUCUCUUGAUUCUCCCCCUCUGUCUCCCCGAAUGCCAACUGAAGGAAACACGACACGUUACGAAACAACCACUGAAGAGUCCCUUCCAGUUCUUUCUUCUUUUUCUUCCUCUUCCUCCUCUUCGUCUUCCUCCUUUUCGUCUUCCUCUUCCUCCUCUUCGUCUUCCUCCUCUUCUUCCUUUUCUUCUCCCUCUUCUUCCUCUCCUUCACUUCCUUUAGUAGAGGUUCCUCGGCCUCGGCGUGUGUCCGUUCAUGGCCAGGACGAGCUGAUCGCUCCUGAUUUGCAUGCUCUUUUUGCGUAUUACAACGAUGCAUUUUUCGAGGGGAAGUUGUGCGGAGUUGAAGUACGGUGGAGCAAAAGGAUGACGCUUUGCGCAGGUCUCUGCGUCUACCAGACUGGAGGCUACUGCUCCGUCCGUCUCUCCGAGCCGCUUCUCAAGUUCAGAUCGGUCAAGGAAUUUCGAGAAACGCUCUUGCAUGAGAUGAUUCAUGCCUUCCUCUUUGUCACCAAGUGCAACCGAGACCACGACGCUCAUGGGCCGGAUUUUUUGGCCCACAUGCGGCGCCUGAAUGCUCUAACGGGACUGAACAUCACCGUGUACCACAACUUCCAUGACGAGGUCGCCCACUACCGCACACACAUCUGGCGGUGUCAGGGGAAAUGCCGAGAAACGCCGCCCUACUUCGGCUACGUUCGGCGGUCGAUGAAUCGUGCGCCAGGGCCUUACGACCGCUGGUGGGCAGAGCACCAAGAAAGCUGCGGCGGAAUGUAUGUGAAAAUCAGCGAGCCUAAGAAGGUCACUCCGAACAGAGCUGCUUCGUCGAGACAGGAGAGAGAGAAGAAAGCAAAGGCGCAAAAAAUCGAAAAGAAGGAAAAGAGAGAGAAGACGGAGCAACGGACGGAGGGCACGCGUUCGGGAGGGGCUUUGAUGUUCUGGAAACUCGGAGGAGAAAGUGCAGCGAAGGCCGAGGCCGACGGAAAAUCAAACGUGCGGUGUCUAGACACCCCACAAGCUGCAGCGCAACACAGACACCGCAACCGGUAUUCAACACUCGCUGAUGUUCUACACAGAAACCGAGUCGAGCGUAUUCUCAAGUUGAACGCACACCAUGACAGCGAAAAGUUGAGCUCGUCAGGGCCAGGCCCUUUGCCUUUCUCAAGCGCCUCUUCUUCCUCUACGUCUUCCUCUGUAUCUUCUGCGGAGAUGUCUUCUUCCUCUUCUUUUUCGUCUCGUUCCUCUUCUUCUUCCUCUUUUUCUUCCACAUCUUCUCCAUCGUCUCCUCCAUCGUCUUCUUCAUCUUCUUCGUGUUCAUCGUCUUCUUCCUGCUCUCCGUCCUGUUUCUCGUUCUCUCCUUCAUCUUCUGCCUCGUCUUCUGUCGAUGCCCCUCCCGGGGACGAUGAUGCGGUGCAGUUGCUUGCCGUCCGGCCCUCCUUUUCGCUGUCUGCUCUGCCCAGUCCGCCGGCUUCGCGUGUUUCUGUCUCGCCUUCUCGGCGCCACAGAGGUGCUUCCCGAGGCGCUGACGCACCCGGCCGAGGCAGCGACGAGCUUCCCUUGAACGGCAAAGAGCGGACAACGCGAAGAACAGACGGACUCGCAGCUGCAUUCGUCGAAGAAGGUGACUCGGGUGUUCUCUUCAUUUCAAGCACUCAUGCUCGACUGACACGGUCCCUGACCUCGUCUGGUGGUCCUCAUUCUUUUCCCCAGAAAGGCCUGAAGGAUGACGAAGUCUCAACACAGAAUCCAACACACGAGAAAAGAUCUUCGCCUUCUGAUGGUGCGUCUCUUUCUCGUCCCUCCUCGUCUUCGUCACCGUCGUCUUCCCCUUCUUCUUUACCUUCUUCGUCUUUCUCGUCUUCGUCAGGUCUACUGUCUUCGUCUUCUUCACCUUCUGCACCUUCUUCUUUGCCUUCUUCUUCAGCGAGUCCUUCUCAUCCUUCACCAAGGGGGGGAACGGACGACGGACUGAGAGGCGUGACUGAGACUGCUGUCUCUCGAGAACUCGAUGUUUUCUCUUGUCGCUUCUGUAAAGGACUCUUUGCAGACUCGCGUACUCUAAGACGUCACAUUCAAUGCUGCCUGCGAGAUCCAAGCCGCGUCCGAGGCCGCACCGACUUGGCCGCUCUCCCACGGGAUGCAGGAUGACGCACAUGUUUCCAGAUGGAACUAGAAAGUGGAAUUGUAUCUUGCAUCCCCGUGGCGUGAGCCAAACGAUAUGUCAUUCUUUUUACACAACGAGACGCAUGCAGUCUCCGUUUUAUCGAGGCCGCGUCACCGCGUGCAUUUUGAUGCGUGAAAAUAGCAGUAAACUGUCUCGACCCUCGGCGCCUGCGGUUCGGUUCUUGUCAGGCGAUUCGAAGGCCAAACAAUAAAGAUUCGCAUUUUGCAGGAAUGAGUUUUUCAAAACUGCAUGCAAGUAAAUAUUUGAUCACGUCUAGCUGAAGGGCGCUUUAAGCAUCCCGGCAACCAAGACGAAGGGGGGAGCGCCUUCAGAACAAUGGCAAAAUCGUGUAUCAUCGCAUAGAGUGGAUGUAAUACGUUUUCGCUGGACAAAGGAGCUGGAGUAAAUAAAUGACAUGUCGGUGGAGACAUAGAGAAAAGCGACGGUGGUUUUUCUUGCCGGCAAGGAAGUUCCGGAUAGCUUGGACCAUCUCGAGUCAAAAUGCGAGUUAUGCUUUUCGCACCGAAAACAGUCAAUCAAAGCGCACACGCCGAGAGAAACUGUCCACAACAACGCAAACAUCGAUCCCUUUCAUUUUCCUUUCAGGGUGUCGCUCUUGCAUUCGUUUGCACCCUUUCCUCGUGUCCUGUGAACACACGUUUCGUCCAUUAACCCAACUCGAACGGUUCCUAGAACGGCGG